AUGGCGAACAAUACGGACACCAAGCCCGCACCAAAACGUGGCAAGAAGAGGGGAAACAAGUUGCAGAUACCAUGGCUUUACGAUUUAGUCUUGUGGUCAAUGUCUGUUCUGAUAGACCUCUUCUUUCGAGAGGUCUACCCUCGAGGUGCCUGGAAAGUACCCAGGACCGGACCUGUCAUCCUGGUAGCGGCGCCUCAUGCAAAUCAGUUUGUUGAUUCCUUGGUCCUGAUGAGGAUCAUGAAAAGUGAAGCAAAGAGACGCAUCUCGUAUUUGAUAGCAGAGAAGUCUACAAAGCGCAAGUUUAUCGGAUCUCUGUCCACAGCCAUCGGGGCAAUUCCAGUGGGAAGAGCUUUGGAUAAAGUGAAGCCAGCAACAGGAAAGAUAUUCCUUCCCGAUCAAGACAAUGACCCUACACUUCUCCAGGGAGUCGGCACGGAUUUCACAAACGGCCAAUUCGAAAUCGGAGGCUUGAUCGUGCUACCUAAAGUCAAAGGUCAAUCUCCAAGCACCGAAAUCGCCGAGAUUUUAUCACCUACCCAACUACGGUUGAAGAAAGCUUUCAAAACUCCCGAAGCCAUCGAAGCUCUGACAUCGAACGGUUUAGAAAGUGGAAAGAAUACCCCUGGUGGUAGUAGUGGACCAAAAGUCGAAUCUCGCGGGACCAAGUUCAGCGUGGCUCCAUUUGUGGACCAGACAAAAGUGUAUAAUGCAGUCUUCGAAGAGCUUGAUGCCGACGGGUGUAUUGGUAUCUUCCCUGAAGGUGGCAGUCAUGAUCGACCGGAUUUGCUUCCAUUGAAAGCAGGAGUAGCAAUCAUGGCUCUCGGGGCUUUGGCCAACAAUCCAGACUCUGGAGUGAAGAUCAUCCCGAUCGGAAUGAAUUAUUUCCAUGCUCAUAAGUUUCGGUCGCGGGCUGUCAUCGAAUUUGGACAUCCUAUCGAGGUUCACCCUGAUCAGGUCGCAGCGUAUAAGGCCGGAGAUAGGAGAAAUGCCGUUGGUUCACUCCUCGAAACCGUCUUCCAAGGCCUAGUUGCGGUAACACAGACUAGCCCGGAUUACGAUACGCUAAUGCUUGUCCAAGCAGCUCGCCGUUUAUACAACCCGACAGGCAAGAAAUUGCCUUUGCCAUUAGUUGUGGAACUCAAUCGGAGGUUGGUUCAAGGCUAUACACAGUACAAAGACGAUCCACGGGUCAUGAAGUUGAAAAAGGAUGUUUUGGACUACAAUCGUCAACUUCGAACCAUGGGUAUCAGGGAUCACCAAGUCGAAUGGGGUAAUGCCGCCAGACGACCAUGGUGGCUAAUCCUAGGCAUUUUGCUGUACAGAUUGGGAGAACUUCUGUUUCUCGGAAUCUGUACUCUGCCUGGUCUGGCGAUGUUUUGGCCGGUUUUCGUCACUACCAAGGUGAUCUCGGUCAAAAAAUCCAGGGAAGCUCUCGCAGCCUCGACGGUCAAAUUACAAGGUCGGGAUGUCAUAACUACCUGGAAGCUGCUAGUGGCAAUGGCAUUUGCACCAGCACUUUAUGCAUACUACACCAUUAUCAUUACUGCUUGGUUGGUGUACAAUCGAAGGGAUGGCUACUACACACACCAGGUGCACUGGUUACUGAGAGCACAUACAUAUGUGCCUAACAUCAUGCCUACAUGGCUAUUCUCAGUCUUGUUUCUCAUUUUAUGCAUCAGUAUCACUUUUGCAGCCUUGAGAAUGGGGGAGAGAGGAAUGGAUGUGGUCAAAUCCCUCCCACCACUCUUCGCCGCCUUGGAUCCCCGGUCAUCGAGCCGCCUCAUAAAGCUGCGAGAAAGUCGGCAAAGACUGUCUGCCGAAGUGACAGAUGUGAUCAAUGCACUUGGCCCAGAAGUAUUCCCCGACUUUGACGCCAGCAGGAUUGUGGCAGAUCCUUACAAGGAGGGAGCAUACCAAUCAAGCUAUAAAGCAAUGCCAGAAGAGCCAAGAAUCACUGGUGCAACAGAACCUACUACUCCUACAUCUGGUGCCAUGGAGGACAAGACUCCCGGAACGCCGACUGGAAAAUCUUUUGGUCUACUGCCACGCAAUGAGUCAUUCGGCAAUAUUGGUACGUUUGGAUUCUUUGCAUCACGACCCGCUACUCCAAAGAGUCGCAGCCGGAGCAGUUCUGCGGGCGGAGCCCUAGCAGCUCCGUCCAUCAAAGGAUUUAGCACUUUGGAUGGCAAGGCGAGCUUUGAUGAGGUGAGUAGACAGCUUCGUGGAGCGAUGCGAGAACGAGGUCGUAAAAGAGGCGAGAGCGAAGGUGGCGAGAGUCAUACAGAAAGUAGUUGGGACAUGGCGUCGGAUGGACAGAUGACACCACCGACAGAGGACGAGGAACCGAAGAAGGAGAGAUGA